AUGAAGAGCCACACAGAGCAGAAAAAGCUCGCUCGGGUUGAUGGUAUGGUAGACUCUAUACAAGAAGCCGCGAAGAUGUCAGCAAACUGGUUUCGAUGGCAGAUUGUCCGCGGAAAGAGAUGUCUUCUGUGGGAGACCGAUACCACCGUUUUAUCCAGAUGGGCACAAUCCAUCAUUGAAACAGAAAUCCUUCUACGCGAGGUGACCCAACAUGAACAUUUUGUCAAAGAAUGCAUCCAAAUCGUGAAUGGAAACUCCUACCAAACGGCCAAAGCUUUAAUCCCAGAUAUGAUUGAAGAUUUGAUAUCCUUGGACCGUGAAUACACACGCCUUGAGCGGACAUACGAAACAUUGGUGGCUGGCUGUCCUGCAGGACCUAUGAAGAGUGGUUAUUUAUGGAUCCGAAAACAGCCAUCCUGGCAUCUAAAGAGCGAUUGGCUUCGUAAGGACUGUAUCGACCGCGGUGGAUGCUGUGGCCGCUCGACCAUGGAGAAUGAUACUCACCAAGAUCGAGAUGAAGCUUUUUGGGCCCCCGGAACAGUCGCGCUAGAAGAUAUUCACCAAUCUAGAAACCAACUGGUAUUAUUUCCCACGCCUUCAGCCGAUCCCAAUGACCCCUUGAAUUGGUCGACCGCUCGUAAAGCUCUCAACUUCACACUCGUCAGCUUCUUCGUCUUGUGGACUUUCGUCCAACUAGACAUCGGAUUCACAGCAUGGGGCCCUAUGCAAACAGAACUCGGUUUCUCAGUGGAUACUAUGAAUGCAGAAGCAGCCGUGAACUACGGCGGUCUUGCAGUAGGCUGCAUUUUUUUCAUGCCAUUCGUUCACAAGUACGGUCGGCGCCCGAUCUACAUAUUUAGCGUUGCCCUCCAGUUUGCCUCGUGCAUCUGGCAGGCUAAAACAUAUACCGUUGGAGAUUUAAUCGGCAGCGGUCUUAUCUCCGGUAUUGGCGGUGCAAUCAGUGAAAUCGUUGUACAAAUCACCAUUGCGGAUAUGUUCUUCGUUCACCAACAUGCCACGAUGAAUGGUUGGUAUGUCAUUGUACAAUCCGCAGGCGCAUUUCUCGGUCCCGUGGCAUCGGGAUAUGUCGUUGUUGCACAAGGGUGGAGAUGGAUGUGGUGGUGGUGUGUCAUCUUCUUCGGGGUGACACUGAUUUGUGUGAUCUUCCUAUUCGAGGAAUCGAAGUACAUUCCCGUUCUGAAUGGCCGGGACGCCAUGGCCGCAGCACAAUCGCCGGAUACCUCAGCUAAGUCUGCUAAGGAUGGGCAUCUGAUGGAUACGAAAACUGUCAGUGAGACGUCCGCGAGCAGGGUAUAUACCAACCCGAAUAUCAAGCCGAAGACAUACUUUGAGCGGAUGGCAUGGAUUACCCCGACCGACGAGACUCUCUGGCCCCAUUUCUAUCAGCCCAUCAUUGCACUCUUUACCUUUCCCGCCGUUUCAUAUGCGGCCAUUACAUAUGGGUCUACUUUGAGUUGGUUCGCCAUCAUGACCUCCCUACAGGCCUCCUAUAUGACAUUACCGCCGUAUAACUUUGACGCAAUCGGUAUCGGCCUGAUGAAUGUUGCUCCAUUUGUUGGUGCUGUUCUUGGGUUCCCAUUUGGCGGAUACCUGAGUGAUAAGUCGAUUCUGUGGUUAUCAAAACGGAAUGGGGGUGUUUAUGAGCCGGAGAUGCGUCUAUGGCUUGCUCUUCCCAUUGCCGUGAUCACCCCUGUUGGCAUACUGAUGUUUGGCCUAGGGUUUGCCUAUGGCGUUCAUUGGGCUUUGCUCGCCGUUGGAUUUGGUGUAUUUGGAUUUGCAUUCGCCGCGGUUAGCGGCAUUGCUCUUUCUUAUCUCAUGGAUUGCUACCAGGAUAUUAUUGGUGAUGCACUGGUUGGAGUAAUCUUCAUGCGAAAUAUCCUCUCGCUUGUAGUCCUCUUUGUCUUGACACCCUGGGUAAAUGGGAUGGGCAUGCGAGAUCUGCAUAUACUGGUUGCAGUGCUUGCUUUUGCGAUUCUGUUACUACCCAUUCCAUUGCUUCUCUGGGGCAAGCAGGCCAGGGUGGCUACAGCCCCAAGAUAUAGAAAAAUGGCGGCAAAUCAACUGAGUCACCGGACUGUCUAA